AUGAGUAACUUCAUCAACGAGAGUCUUUUUGUGGCUGAUGAUGAGCAACCUCAUCAAGCUGGAGAAGAUUUCUACAAUGAUGGAGCUCCACUCUUUGACGUCUAUGACGACGAAGAGCCAUCUAUGGCGUGUCCAGCGGCAGCCAUGAAGGAGGAGUGCAUGGAUCAUGGUUCUCUUCUUGGGGAGAUACAUGAAGAGGUGAAGAAGAUGGUUCAAUAUUGGGAGGAUCGGGCAUCAACAUGGAGAAGGAAGAUGAAGACGGUGGAGAAGCCAAAGCAGUCGGCGACAGAGAUCAUGGAGGUUACACCCGAUCUAGAGGAAUAUCGGGAACAUGAAGAGUUCUCGCUAGCGCGCAGAACGAAGCUUCGGAAGUUUGGCCGCGCGCGGAGGAGUUCCCGACGUCCAAAAGUUACGAUCUUGAUAUGGAAAGAUAGAUACUUGAGUCAUGCAUCACGUCGAAGUGGAAUGAAGCCAUUUGGAUCAACUAUGAGGCCUAGACUUAUUUUCUACCGAGACAUGUCCGGUAAGCGAGCAAACGAAGCCCAUGGAGGAUUUGGAGUGUCUAAUGGCCCGAGCAGCAGCGCCAAAGGCCUUGAUCGAAUAGAGAAGAGGCCUGGCUAA